AUGAAGCCAGCAGAGAUCAGAUUCUCUCUACAGAGACCUCUACAGCACAGAGAUCCAGCCAUGGCACCUACAAUCACUGCAGCAAUGACCAAUUCUCAGGAGCAUCUCACUCUGACCCACAAGCUCAGAAAGCCUCUGGUGGAGAAGUUACGCAGAGAGCGAAUCAACAGCAGUAUUGAGCAGCUCAAGUCUCUCCUGGGUCCAGACUUCCUCAAACAGCAGCCAGACUCCAAGCUGGAGAAAGCAGACAUCCUGGAGAUGACAGUUUGUGUCCUGAGACGACUGCAGCAGCAGCAUCAACAGCAGAGAAGACUGCUGAACCACGUCAACAAGCUGCAGUCUUCCUCUGACAACAACCUGACAGAGGCUGACUUCUCUCCUCUGAGCUCCACAGUCCACACCAGCAUCACCAAAGACAAGAGUCCAGACAACAGCGCCCUCUGGAGGCCGUGGUAGACACCAACUCACUGGAGUUACUGCCACAAAAAACUCUCAUGACCACAUUGGUCAAAGAUUACUGGACUGAAUCCUUUGAAAUUUGAUGGACUUGUUCUUCUGUAUGUACAGAAUUGUAUUUGUGUGUUUGUCUUUGUUCAAGAUGACAUUUCCUGAGGAAAUGACAGCAACAAUAUCUUUCAAGUUGAGAAAGAGAACCUCUUGUCAUGCAUGUUGCAUGAACAACAUCUGAUUGCAUCAGCAAUUCUUAUCAUACCUCACUGUACUUUAUGUGUUGGUAGUAUAUGCUAUGAUAACAUUUGUUAUCUUUUGAUUGUUAUUGAUCAUUUUGAUCAGAAAACUUUAACUGUCCUUUUUUAUGAACAUAUUGUAAUAAUGAACUUGAAUCUCUCUGAUUAAUCUAAACUGAUCUGUUGUCAGAUCCAAAUGUGUAUAAUGUUUAAAAAAAGUUUUGCUUAAUGUCACAAUUUUCCUUUCACACUUGUAUUGGUAAAACAUAAUGCAAUGGUGAUAUAGUUAAUCUAUUGAUUAGUAAUGAUCAUUUUGAUCAAACUCAAACUACACGACUAUUGAAAAAAAUGAUCUGUUUUAAGAUCAAUAUGUUUAUCAUUUUACAGUAAAAGUAUUUUCUAUGUAACACUGUCACAGUUUUCAGUGACAAUAUAAUCUUUACAUUUUGACAAUUAACUGAAUUUAAUGGUUAUUAACAAUGAUGUGAUCUCUUUUGAGGUCGGUCUUUACUGUUAUAUUUUUUGUUUAUAAACUACAAAUGUUUUGAUCCAUUUGAGUAAAACUCUCAAUGGACAGUGAGGGCUGUGUCCCCAAUUAUUGUAAAUUGUUUGUCUUUUAUAAAGACAGCUGUUCCUUUACUCCCUGUGAGUACAGUGUGUCUUGUAGAAAUCUACAAGUUUUUGUUGUGAUGUAUCAUCACCUCUCACUUCAUGUGGCUCAUUGUGCUGAAUAAACAAACACUGCAAGCUGAAAA